AUGAGUGCGACGUCGUUGGCGCCGGCGGUGUACGAUGUGCAGCAACUCGUCGAUUUCUACAGAUUGGCCUACAAAGCCGGUUUGUUGUUUUGCCGUCUGUGUGUGUGUGUUACUUUUCUUGGCUUUUUUUUCGGUUGUCCAAGCGCAGCAGCGCACGUACGUGAGAGCAGGGCCAGGCGUGAUGUUUUCGUCAAGCCGACCGCUACGUGGGGCGCUGCAAUCCGUCACACGUGA